UCACAGCACACUGAAGCAGCAGUGAUGGCAGACAUGACUGCUUUGCCACUUCAGCAGCUCAUUGCUUCAUUGGACCCUUCUUGUUUGCCGAAAAUUAUACAAGUUUGCUCUGGAGUCUAUUUCCAAGGGUCCAUAUAUGAACUCUCUGGGAGUGAAGUGUGCUUUUCUACCGGGGAUCUAAUUAAGGUCAUUGACAUUGAGCUCCUAUCGGUUUCCUGUGAAGACGUGACCAACAAUGAGAAGUUUGAGCUCCCCAUUAACCACAAAGGCUUGUUCAAAGUUGUCCCAGAGGAGAUGCCGUACUAUUCAAUGGAGGAGCUGAUGAGUCUGAGGCCCGUGGGCCUUGAAUCCUGCCUUCCUUUCACUUUCACCUGCCGCUCCAAGCUGACGUUUGGAGAUUUCACACUGGGUGCUGGGAGAGCUUUGACGGUGCUCUCCAUCGAGCAGUGCGAGGGUGAGGAGGAUCAAGUGCGUUGCCAUGUUCAAGGGCAACAGGAAGCCUCUGCAGAAGUGUGUAUCCCCCUUUCUGCUCAAGGGGAGUUCAUCGAGUGUGAGGGCGAGGAAUGCUUCACCCUGCAGGAGAUCAUGUCCUCGUCCUGCCUGCGCAGUCGGAGGUUCCGUUUCGUCAACACCACCAAGUAUGAGCGGCCCCUUGUCUUCAGUCCGAUAUACCAGGUCCAGGCCAUCAUGAACUUGAGAAAGAACAUUUUGAAGUUUCCCUCCAGCUUAGAGGUGGACGUGGUCGACGUAACCGAUCUGUCUAUGGAUGUGAAUUUUGCGACACCGCUCAGUCUGACAGAAGUCCUAUCACAACCAGAAGAAUCUUUCCCUGCAGUGGUGGAGAUAUUAGAAAACCCUGAUAACCGCUCUCUGUUCAAGUGCAGCUGGCUGCCAGAACUCAGCCAGGGCAAGCAGCUGGUUUUCCACAAGACAGGAACCUCAGCCGUGGCUUUGCUAUCCAGUAUGAAGAGCAAGAAGAUGCAGCAGUACUUCCUUGUGUCGCAGCAAUAUGGUGGGCGAUUUCGGAGGCGGCCUAGGGAGUUUAACUCAGUGUACAUUCUUUAUGUUGCGUCACUCAAGGCAGCAGGGUUAAAAGUCAGUGUCACAAGGAAUUUUGAGGAGGCAGAGGAGGAGGGAAUGCCUGCUCUCAGUGUGGGGGACCAGCUGGAGGUCAUACGCUGUGAGAGGAUGGAGUUGCCUUGUGGAAGCAGUAACACACAGAAGGAGUCAGUCGAUGCUCUUUUGUGUCAUCGCCUCCAAGAGCCAGAUGACGGGGAUGAGGAUGAUGAUGAUGAUGAAGAAGAGGAUAAGCAGGAGCAGGAAAGAGAGGAGAUUUUUCUGCCUCUGUAUAUGCAAGGUCACUUUGUAGAGGUGCUGGCUGAUAACAAGAGGUAUAGACUCAAAGACCUGGGGAAGACAUGUAGUCUGCCGCUGGAUGUUAAAGUUGUGAGCCGCGAUACUGAGCUUGAGACUGACCCAUUAGUCGGUUUUGCAAGUCUCAGGAUAGAAGGGGCAAUGUUAGAACCCAUCAUCCAGGCCAGCUUCCUGCACACUCCAGACCACUGUUUCGAAAUCCCAACCAAGUGGCUUUCUAUGUCCGUCUCUUUUACCAAAGAGACCGACCUGCCAUGGCUUGGUGGUCAACCACCAAAGUGUCAUGUGGACAGAGUUACAGAGGUGACAGAAUUCUUCUUCUACGAAUUUCAAAAACAGGGGGACUCAGGCGAAGCUCCUCCACCACGACCACCAAAACGGAAUGUUUCUUCUGAGACUUGCAAAAAAUCAUCAUCAAAACCUUUGAAGAAGGUAGACAAGUCCAAACAGCACCCAGACAAAACAACCCCAACCAAAGAGUUUGCUGAUUUGACUUUGAGCAAAAAACGGCGCCCAGCUCCCCUGCCGCCAGAUGAUGAAGAUGAUCAACCCCCUCCAAUUGUACCAAGAAAGCCCUCUGGAGCAGAAGUGAAAACAAGCAAGGCUCUGCCAAACACUUACGUGGACAGGGGGGAGUCAAAGAAAAAAGUGCUGCCGCUGCCUGAAGUGGAAGCCGAUGUGGACAGCGAUCACGACUACGAAACUGUGGACGAGACUUUGAUGGAAAUGAUGAAAACAGCACAAGACAGUGUCAUAUUCUACUAACAGAUGAUGCUGCGCUUCAGCAGCAAAAUAUGACACCAGGACAGUGUGAACAGAAUUUAAGAGUGACUGGCUUUAUUGUAAUAAUAAUAAUUAUUGUUGUGCUUAUGUACCAAGACAUUUUUUUAUAUUGUUAGACUUUAAAAGCAGACCAAGCAAACUGUUCGGAUCUAAAAUUAUUGGUUGAGGAUAAACUGAUAUCUGAGAGGAUAUUUUUCAGCACAAGCUGGUGACAGUCUCCUGCUUCUGUGCAUCUCAUAUUUGCAAACUUAUAGCUGCCAUCAAACUUUUGGCGAAAAUCGAUAUAGUAGAGGACUGUUGUGUUGAUUUGGUCAUACUUUUAUUCAAGGAAACACAUGCGGCAGAUAAACUAGGUGUUAUAAGGUUUUGUGGACACGUAUUGCUAAGUUUGCCCUCAUUUCUUUGAUGUCGAGACCAAGUUUGUGGUGUAUCAACAAACUUUGGUUCUCACAUGGUCAUCCUUAGUCUUCAUUCGUCAACCAUUUAGCCUUAACAUUAAUUAAAAAUCUUUUGAAGGCUGUAGCUGUGUGUAUUUUGGUGGAGCAGUAUUGUGGUAAAAAAAAAAAAAACAUGCCAUGGUACAGGUUCUGCAGGAAGUGGGUCAAACUUUGUGGUACUCUCUGGGGGCUGUAAUGUGUUGCUUUGUAUUGAAAUCAUUGUAUUAUACUAUGCAGCCUUAAAAGCUUCCAGAGUUGAACCAGUGCCUGGUCUAAUUUUUGUUUCAAACUCGUAUACAAGUAUAUACACAAACUCUAACAGAUAGAGUUAAAAUGUGGUUUUGCUGAAAUGCAACAGCUUGAAACCACAGAGAUUAUAAACUCAGCAAAUAUGCAGCUUGUCACACGGUACGGACUCUAAUAGCAGAAGUUCUCUCCACUGCCUCAGCAAACUGACGUACUGAGAAUGCACAGGGGUGCUACACAUCAUAUCAGAUCCUGUUUUUGUUUAUUUUUUUGUCAGUGUCUCUUCAGAAUAUAUAGGACUGCUUUACAUAUAUAUGUACUUUGUACCAACAAGAAUUUACAGAUGUUUGAGAGUUAUGCACAUUACAUUUAAAGACUGCUCAAGAGACAGCAGAUGCAUCAUUUUUAUUUAACAUUUUCAUGUCUGAGAAGUUAAUUGCCAUUAUUUAAAUAAAAGAAAAAUGCAAAUAAUGUUUUCUGGAGUCAGUUUUGUAUGAAAGUAGCUGCAUUUGGUUUGUUGUUGUUAUUGGUAUCAUGCCAAGUAGUGUUUAUUUUUAAGAGUCAAGUUAAUACUCGGAUGCAAACUUUUGUUUUAUGGUUUUACGGCUGAAAGUGUAAAUAUCAAUGAGCCGUAAUUAUUAACAUCGUUAUACUUUUGCACGUAAUGCUUUUUUAUUGUGGGGAAAUGGGACCAUUACAAGUAUCUGCAAUAAAGGUUCAAUAAACCAAAA